AUGUCCCAACGUAUCGGUAUAGGCGCAGUAUUUGAUGAGGAAGAUUUCCGUCAAUACAAUACCAUAUUUCAAGAGGGUCUGGCAAACAGUAAGUUACCAAUGCAGAAUAAAGUGUAUGUAAACGCUGUUUCAACUUUCUUAGACUCUUCCACCAGCAUAUACACCUCUUUUCUGGCACUGUGUCAGACCGUUGACAACCUGGACAUCCGGGCGUUUCUCGUUGUAGGCCGUCAGGAAACAAUUCAAAGGACAAGUCUUGUAGCCCGACAUUUGGGAAUACCAGUGCUGGCUUAUACAACUGAAUCAUUAGUGGAGAGACAUGUUCAGGCUCACAGCUCGCAGCUCCUGAUGCUUAAGCCCUCACAGACGGACCAGGCUGACGCUUACCUGAAGCUCUUCCAAGCCAAUUUCUGGUUCAACGUCAUUAUCAUAGUCCAAGACGCUUUGGCGGCCGACGGUUUCUAUGAACAAAUGAAAUCUAAGACCCAGGCCGAUGCAAAAUGGAACGUUGCAUUUAAGAUCAUGCCUGAAACAAUAUCAGACGUAUCACUGUUUUCCAUAUUUACCUCACUGCUAGGUGACAUAAAGUUUGACAAUCAAGGAAAACUGGACGCUUCCAAUUUCAUUGUACAACACCUCGUUAGAGAAGAUGGCCAAUCAUCAUUUUGGCGUCGUAUAGGAUAUAUUCACGGUGACGACGUUAGUCCAUUUGGCAUUGUUUGGCCUGGCGAAUCCCUUACAAAUCCCAUUUCCUUUGGGAGGAAAAAAUACAGAGUUGUGACAAAUCCUGUGAAACCGUUUGUAAUGGAUAUAUUCCCACAUCCGGAUUAUGGUUAUUGUGCCACAGAAACCCCGUGUGUUUAUAUAAACAACACUGGGCGAGACAAUGUGAUACGUGCUCUCAAAGACUAUGAAAACGGAACAGUGAAUUCAAGCAAUCCGUAUGUGUUAAAAUGCUGUAGGGGAUUAUCGGUAGAUUUGCUCAAUAGAUUAGCUAGAGACUUAGACUUUGAUUACGAUCUUUAUAUCGUUGCUGACACCACGUACGGAAAAGAAGUGAAUGGGACUUGGAAUGGCAUGAUCAGAGAACUAAUGACCGGCACUGCACAUAUGGCUGUUGCAGCGUUCAGCAUAACUAGGGACAGAGUGAGGGUUAUAGACUUUUCAAGUAUAUAUUUCUUCUCAGGGUUUUCAAUUCUAUAUACUGAAAAGCAGAGAGCAUCAAAUAUGCAAGCGUUUCUUGAUCCAUUUGCGCCGUCUGUCUGGUUUGCGAUUUUGAUCGGGGCCACAUUAACUGCCAUUGCCAUGGGAAUAUUUGAAUGGAACAGUCCAUUUGGUUUGAAUCCUUGGGGGAAAAAAAGAAAACAAAACUAUACUUUGGGGUCCGGCAUGACAAUGGUGUAUUCGGUCCUUUUCGGCCAUACUGUUAAAACAAAGUCACCAAAGGCGUGGCCAAGUAAAGUUAUGCAAAAUCUGUGGGCAUCCUCGUGUAUAUUUGUUAUAGCAAGCUACACGGCAAACCUUGCCGCAUUUAUUGCUGGGAAACAUGCAGGGAUCAUAUACAGAAGUGUCCACGACUCGUGGCUCCUAGAUAUCAACGUGGGGGUUCUACCUGGCAGUGCUGUAGAGGGAAUCGUUAAGAAGCUCAGCCCUAAAUUGUAUACAAAAUCUCAGAAGUGUCUUGUCGACACCACUGAUAACGCCAUAAACAAACUCAUAGGAGCAGAUUUAGACGCAUACCUUGGCGACUACCCCAUACUCGAUUAUGCAAGGGCGAAGCUUGAUCCAGACUGCAAGCUUCGAUUAUUGACACAGACGUUUGGCGAAGACGGCUAUGGAAUCGGCCUGCCGAAAGGUUCACCGCUGAAGACACCACUUUCUGAGAAGAUAAACGGGUACCACGAAAGCGGUUACAUCGAUGAUCUAAUUGACGUCCAUUUUGCCGACUCAAGGUGCUACAAACAGCGCAUCAAGUCGGAGGAUUCCCGGCUCGAAAAGCAGCACCAUGCGGGCAGCUUUGUCAUGCUAUGUGUGGGUAUGGUGGCCGGCUUGAUUGUCCUCUUUCUGGAACACGCGAUAUUCAAGUGGCUCGUGCCGAAACUACGAAAGAGGCCGGGACACAGUUUUUGGAAAAGCGUGCAUGUUAUGUUCUUUAGUCAGCGUUUGCAUAGGGCGAUCACCAGCGCCGAACUUGUGCCUAUUCAUGAGACAUACAGAGAGAUGUUGGGCAUAAUGAAAAGUCGGGAUUUCAUCAAGUUCUUCCAGAAAAACACAAUCAAGACGAAUAAAAUGGCGGAUGCAGCCAAGAGAAAGCGACUGAAUCGCAACUUUUUCGACAUUAUUGAAAAGGCUAAAUGGAUGAAACAAAUGCAGGACAAUCAUUUGUUUGGGGAUGACACGUCACAGAUGUCACUUACACCGGACAUCAGAGAAGUAUCCUUACGGAAUAUUUCACAAGCCGUUGAUCUAGAGGAGUUCCGGAAACAAAAUCAGUUGGAAAAUCUAUGCCACUUAGAUGACAUUGUUAUACCGCGACGCCAGGCCAAAACAGAUGAAACAGAGUUCAAAUGUUCGUUCACUAAUUUAAACGAUGGCUUCAAUUGGUCUUUUCCUAAUUCGGAUUCCCACGAGAUCAAUGCUCGGCCUUCGUCAUCUGAUACAUUGUAUGACACAAAUAAGAAAAGGUGUAAUGGUAUGGAAUCUGCUUUAAACGACAGUGAUGAAUUCGGCCCAUUUAUAACCGGUACCCUGGAUACCAAUUCCUUUAAUUGCCCCGUUUUUGAGGUAGGUUCAUACCCAUCGCCUGUCGUGCAUUCGGAUAAAAGGUAUUCGAGAAGCGAAGAACAUGUGUAUGAGGUUCCCGCAGGGUCGCUUUCCGAUUGCAACCAUAAACCAAAAAUUACCUCCAACGGAGAUGCUUUUUCAAAUAUCAUUAAACCUAAGACAAAAAUGCUAAGUUUUGCCCAGGAACCGUUUUUGACAACGGACAAUUCAUCCGAAGCAAGUUCGGUCGCGACAUGCGAUGUAGUCCAACAGAGACGUUUAUCCAUACCAGAGACAAAGCAGAAAGAUUCACGUACGUUUCAUCCACGCAAACGUCAAACCAUCCAUGGUAAUCGAAGGGGGAGAAGCCAGACUGCUUUUAAAGUUGACAAGUUUAGUAAAGAGGAGUUAUUGCUCAUGUGGAAGCCAUCUGAGUUAGAACUUAACGAUAAACUGCAUGCAGAUGUGAAAGACAAACAGCGACAUGACACAAAAUUAAACUCACCUAAAAUUCAAAUGAGUACUGAAGUUUAAGAAAGAUAUUGUGUUUUUAAAGUGCUUACAAAACAUUAAAUACCGGUAUAUAAGUGCUGUCAUGACUUAAAUAGAA